GUGUGAAUGAAACCUUUAAAGAUUAAGGCGAUGAACUAAAUAAGGCCACGUGAGCAACUUUAAGCAGGCUAUACAGUAACAUCCUGUGGAAAGUCAAGGUGCUGCCAGCGGCUGAUCUCAGGUAACCCUGCGGGGUUUGGAGCCAUUUCACCUGAUCACACCCUAAUAGAAGAGGCUACAAUUUCAACACGCAACCUAUUUAACUGAGGUAACCCUAUCAGGCCAAGGGAGCCUCAACACAUCAAGCCGCCGAAGAUGGAUGGAGCCCGAGGAGGAUGCUGCCGUGUCCUCCGUGCGCCCCCGAGCCGCGGCGGCGGCGCCCUCCCGCCCGCGCGCCUCCGCUCCGUGCGCACCUUGGAGUGGAGGAUGAAGACGCACACCAUCAGGACCCUCUCCCUCAUCCUCUCCAUCGUCUUCUACCUGCUCGUGGGCGCCGCCGUCUUCGACGCGCUGGAGUCGGAGAGCGAGGGUGCGAGGAGAAGGGCCCUGGAGCAGAAGCUGAACGCGCUGAAGAGAAAGUACGGCUUCACCGAGGACGACUACAGGCAGGUGGAGAGGGUGGUGCUGCUGGCGGAGCCGCACCGCGCCGGGACGCAGUGGAAGUUCGCCGGCUCUUUUUAUUUUGCUGUCACUGUUAUCACCACGAUUGGUUAUGGCCACGUUGCUCCCCGAACUGAUGCUGGCAAGGCCUUCUGUAUGUUUUACGCAGUCUUGGGCAUUCCUCUGACGCUGGUCAUGUUCCAGAGCCUGGGCGAGAGGAUCAACACAUUUGUCCGCUACCUCCUGCGUAGGUCCAAGCAGGGCCUGGGCCUGCGGAAGGUGGACGUGUCCAUGGGGAAUAUGGUCCUGGUGGGUCUGCUGUCCUGCAUGAGCACCCUGUGUAUCGGAGCCGCGGCAUUCUCCCAUUUUGAGGACUGGACCUUCUUCAAUGCCUGCUACUACUGCUUCAUCACGCUCACCACCAUCGGCUUUGGGGAUUUUGUGGCCCUGCAAAAGAACAAUGCUCUCCAAAGGCGAUCCCCCUAUGUGGCUUUCAGCUUCAUGUACAUUUUGGUUGGGCUGACAGUAAUUGGAGCUUUUCUGAACCUGGUGGUCCUGAGGUUCCUCACCGUAAGCUCAGAUCAGCCUGAUGUGAGGCCUGAGGCAGCGCGAGAGGAGCAGGCACCGCAGCCUAAAGACACGCGGGAGGACAGGGAGGUGUCGGACGCCGAAGCAGGAACUGCCGGGGUGAGAUAUGAAGACGGAAAAGAUGGACGCAGCAGCCGGUGCAACCUGAGCCUGCCCAUGGAGGGGGGCACCAGCUGUAUGAGCCUCCUCCCUACUCCUACAGAGGACCGCGGGCCUUUGUCAUCCGAACAGAGAGAGCACUCGAAGCUCCCUGAACCCAGCAGACUCGGAGCCCUGAUCUCCUGCCUCUGCUGCGGCCUGGACGUUCACGACAGCCCCCCUCCGUCUCACUGUGACCAGGAGCGUGGCCACAGCAACCCCGUCUUUUACAACUCCAUCUCCUACAGGGUGGACCGGGCCUCGUGCAGCUCCAGCACUGCGUCGUCACAGGCCUCCCCUAGUAGCGUGGCGCUCUGCCUGGGCAAGAUCAAUCCUCACACCAGGAGGAAGUCAUUCUAACUCUUUGUGAAGUUCCGGAGUUUGAGUCCAAAUGGCCUUUGAUUGGGAUUUUCUCGUCAUGAAUGUAGCAUUACUUAUUAUCAAAUAAUA